CAGCGAGAAGAAGCCGGACUGAGUCCAUGGCGUCGCCCCCUGCGCUGCUGGUGAUGGGCGUGAGCGGCUCGGGAAAAUCGACCGUGGGCGCCCUGCUGGCAUCCGAGCUAGGAUGGAAAUUCUAUGAUGCAGAUGACUACCACCCAGAAGAAAAUAAAAUAAAGAUGAGAAAAGGGAUCCCGCUGAAUGACCAGGACAGGAUUCCAUGGCUUUGCCACUUGCAUGAAAUUUUACUAAGAGAUGUGGCCUCAGGACACCAUGUGGUUCUAGCCUGUUCAGCUCUGAAGAAAGUGUACAGAAACAUCUUAAUACAAGGAAAAGAUGGUGCACUCAUGAAGGAUGAUGAGCCAGGGAAGGAAGGAAAGCUGGCUGAGGUGAAGCUCCUUGUGGUCCAUCUGAGUGGGUCAUUUGAGGUCAUCUCUGAACGCUUACUCAAAAGAAAAGGACAUUUUAUGCCCCCUGAGUUACUGCAGUCCCAGUUUGAUACUCUGGAGCCCCCAUCAGCUCCAGAAAAUUUCAUCCAAAUCAGUGUGGACAAAAAUCUUUCAGAGAUAAUUGCUAUAAUUAUGAAAGCUCUAAACUGAAACGUAAGUCAUUGCAUAGCAGCGGUCCAGAAUGGAAUUAGCCAUGAGUUUCUAUCCUACCCAGACCAUGUUCCAGCAUCCUUGCUGGUACUGUAUCCUAAAUUCUAACUCAGGUGAACCAACCACGAUGUGUUGAGAUGUAUUUGUUUGGGUGUAAUUUUAGGUAUUUGUGAUACUCUUGUCAUGCUCUGGCACAAGAGGAGAAGGAAAGUAAAUCUUCAAAUUGAAAUUCAUGUGACCCAAUCAGGUGGUCAGAGAAUAUUAUAUAAUCAAUGCUGAAAUCAUUAUCUUAUUUAUAACAGUCGAUCAUGCUGUAUUCUGACAAAUAAAUAAAACUCGACUAUCCUUGGAAAUUGGUUUUGGGAGCAGAAAUGUGUCCAAAUUCAACCACUCACCAGCAAGUCACUUCACAUACUUCCUAAUCCCCUGUCCUUGGGUCCUUUCAAGAUAAGUAAAUUGAAAAGCACAUGUAGUCCACAGAUACAAAAAACUGCAAAGAUGGAACUCGGAGUGAAGAAGAGUAGGACUCGCUGACCCAGUCUUGCCCGUCUCCUUUUUAUAGAGGCCUCUGAGGCCAGGCUGGUGUC